AUGGUCCAGACAGAGAAAAGUUCAAGGCUUCGUUACUCUGGUUCCAGGAGCUCUGUAGUAAAGAACGGCGAAGCAAAAAUAAUAGUGGCGAUCAUGAUCAAUGGUUGUGAUUAUGGUAAAGAUGAUAAUGGUGAUGACGGUGGUUGUGAUUAUGUUAUUGAUUAUGGUGAUGUUCGAUAAUGGUGAUAAGGCAUGAUGGUGGUUGUGAAUUUGUGAUAAUGGUGACGAUGAUAAUCUAGAUAGUGGUUGUCGAUUAUGGUGAUGAUGAUAAUAGUGAUGAUCAUGAUGGUGAUGACGAUAAUCAUGAUGGUGAUUGGGAUUAUGGUGAUGACGAUAAUGGUGAAGAUCAUGCUGGUAAUUGUCAUUUAGUAAUGAUGAUGAUGAAGAUCAUGAUGGUAAUUGUGAUUGAUUGGGGAAUAACACCUUGA